AUGUCACGCGCCUUCCGUCGCUCGAAUCCCAUCACGCUCGUCCUCGCCGCCGUGCUCUGCGUCGGCUUCGUCGUCUUCUUCUUCUCCGGCGGCGAUGCGCCCGCCUUCAGCAAGAAGAGCGCGGGUGGCGAGACGGCGUCGAGCGCCCUGUCGCCGCCCACGCUGCCGUUCCGCAAGGCGCGGGAGGGCGCCGUGCAGGUCGCGCCGCCCGUGGUGCACUACUACAUGAACAACGUGACGACGUCGCGCACGCCCGCGGAGAAUGGGGAAUCGGUGCUCAUCCUCACGCCGCUCGCGCGCUUCUACGACGGGUACUGGGACAACCUGCUCAAGCUGAGCUACCCGCACCACCUGAUCUCGCUCGGGUUCAUCAUCCCCAAGACCAAGGAGGGCAACGCGGCGUACGCCGCGCUGCAGGCCGCCGUGACCAAGACGCAGGGCGGGGCCAAGGCAAAGCGGUUCGCCGCGGUCAGCAUCCUGCGCCAGGACACGGAGAUACCGCUGGCUUCGCAGGACGAGGCCGAGCGGCACAAGAUGGCGAACCAGAAGGCGCGCCGGGCGGCCAUGGCCAAGGCGCGCAACAGCCUGCUCUUCACCACGCUGGGCCCCACGACGUCGUGGGUGCUGUGGAUGGACGCCGACGUGGUGGAGACGCCCGGGUCGCUGAUCCAGGACCUCGCCGCCUACGACGUGCCCAUUAUCGCGCCAAACUGCUUCCAGCGGUACUACAACGACGACAAAAAGGCCAUGGACGCCCGGCCGUACGACUUCAACAACUGGAUCGACUCUGCGACGGCCCGCGACCUGGGCGCCAAGAUGGGCAAGGACGACAUCCUGCUCGAGGGCUACGCGGAGAUGGCCACCUACCGCAGCCUGAUGGCCUACAUGCACGACCCGGCCGCCGACGCGGGCGCAAAGGUCAAGCUCGACGGCGUGGGCGGCGCCACCCUGCUGGUCAAGGCAGAGGUCCACCGCGACGGCGCCAUGUUCCCGCCCUUUGCCUUUUACCACCUCAUCGAGACCGAGGGCUUCGCCAAGAUGGCCGCCCGCCUGAACUGGGACGCGUUUGGGCUGCCCAACUACCUGGUCUACCACUUCAACGAGUGA